ACUGGGUAUAAAUAAAGCUGAUUUCAAGCAAUGGACUGAGUAUUAUACCAACGAGUAUUACUGCCUGCUUGCUUAGUUGAAUUUUGGUUCACUUGGACUUUGUCAGCAUGUGGAUUUCUGCAGCAUUCCUUCUUUUCACAUUGGUUGUAAAUGGAGUCAAGUCUGAAGAACCUUUCAGCAUUGGCCGAAAAUGCCCCUUGGGCUGGGAGAAAUUUGGAUCACAAUGCUUUAAAUAUUUCGCCGACUUAAAACAAUGGGCUGAAGCAGAGAAACAAUGUAUUGACCAAGGAGGAAACCUUGCAUCUGUCAGCAGUCAGCUCACUAACAGUUUCCUAAAAACCUUAGUGAAAAAAAAUACUAAAGGCAACACCCGUACCUGGAUUGGUGCUCAUGAUGCAACUAAGGACUUUGUCUGGUUUUGGAGUGACGGAUCAAAGUUUGAGUUCAGUGACUGGCAUACUGGUGAACCGAAUAAUUACGGAGGAAGUGAAAAAUGUGUGGAAAUGGGCUAUGGAGGUGAGAACCGCUGGAAUGAUGCACCCUGCAAUACUCUUCUCAGUUUCAUCUGUUACAGACCAGCUAGAAUUGAGUUCUAAUCCUAAAUUUGAUUGAUAAACCAAUCUCUUAUGUCUGUCCAUCACCAAUUUCUAAAGUUUUCAAACUGCUGAUUGUAACAGACAUGCUUUGAUUUUGAAUUUUAAAGCAAAACUAAAAGAAAAUAAUAAAAGAAACUUUAAACUACAAA